AUGGUCAUUGCCGACGCGUCUAAUCAUCGCAUCAUUCAGUGGAAGAUCGGUGAGACGAAGGGGCAAGUGGUAGCUGGUGGCAAUGGCCCAGCAAAUCAAUUGGAUCAAUUGAAUUUCCCUACCGAUGUCCUGAUCGACAAAGAAACUGAUAGUCUCAUUAUCUGUGAUCGAGACAAUCGACGAAUCGUACGAUGGUCUCGUCACAGUGGUACCACUCAAGGAGAAAUUCUCAUUGACAACAUCUUCUGUUGGGGAAUGGCCAUGGAUGAUCAGAGAUGUCUCUACAUCUCUGACGAUAAAAAACAUGAAGUAAGACAAUAUCAAUAUGGAGAGAAAACGGGAAUCAUCGUGGCUGGCGGUCAUGGGCGAGGUGAUGGUCUGAAUCAACUAAACAAGCCAAGGUACCUCUUUGUCGAUCGACAACAAGCGGUCUACGUAUCGGACAGAGAUAAUCACCGUGUAAUGAAAUGGAAUAAAGGUGCAAAAGAAGGUAUUGUCGUUGCUGGGGGUCAAGGCGAAGGGAAUGCUCUCACACAGUUGUCGUGUCCUAUCGGACUGUUCGCUGAUAUUUUAGGUACCAUCUAUGUGGCAGACUCGGGAAAUCAUCGAGUUAUGCGUUGGCCCAAAGAAGCAAAGCAAGGCACUGUUAUUGUGGGUGAUAAUGGUCGAGGAGAAGGUACAAAUCAGUUGAAUGAACCGGCAAGUUUGUCCUUCGAUCGUCAUGGCCAUCUCUAUGUCGUCGAUUGUUCGCACUGUCGAGUUCAACGAUUUUCUAUCGAACAGACGACUCAAAAAGCUGACUAG